GAGGUGCUGCUGGGAUUCAAAGAGACGCUGCGACGGGGGCUGGGGAGCGACACAGCCAUCCCGAUGAUGAUUAAUUUCUGGGAAACAUCCUCAGCAGAAUUAUUUGAAGGUGUUGCACCAGACAGUAAAGGCGGCACAGAGGCAGUGGCUUGUGGGAAAGAGGGCGGCAGAGUAACGCCCACCUGUGGCUCCAGAUUGUCCCAGCCUCCCACGGGACAGGGAAGGGAACUGGCUGUAGUGGAGCCAGUCCAGGGGCCAGUGACCUUCGAGGAGGUGGCUGUGUAUUUCUCCAGGGAAGAGUGGGCUCUGCUGGACCCCCGUCAAAGAGCUAUCUGCAGAGACGUCAUAGGUUUAGGUUUAGCCACCACCCACCUAGUGGAAAGGCAUGAAGCAGAACUGGGCAACCUGUACUCAGUAUUGAUGUAG